AUCAUUUCCCCACAUCCCCCACACGGGCCCCACAGCCUUCUCUUCUUGUAUAUCGACUACCACCCGCCGUACGACUACACAGCCAGCCAUGUCUCUCUACAUCGCGUUUCCCAUGAUCCCUUUCUCCACCAUCGUCUUCUACCUUGCCGUUCCCGCACUCAUCGUACUCCUCCUCGCGCGUUCCGUGUACCUCCUGUUCUUCCAUCCACUUAGCUCCGUUCCUGGUCCUUGGUACGCCGCGGUGUCAUCGCUGUGGAUCACGACACACGUCCUCCGGCUGCAGCAAUGCAAGACUAUCCAUUCCCUGUUCCAGGAGUAUGGACCAGUCGUGCGCAUUGCCCCCAAUAAGGUCGCCUUCUGCGACGCCGGCGCGAUGAAGAGCGUAUAUUCCACGUACAAGUUCGACAAAAGCGAUUACUAUAAGAGCGUCUUGACCAAUGACAACGACCACGCAAUGACCACCCUGCCCGCCGCUGAGCACUCCAUCCGCCGUAAGGCAUACGCGUCCCACUACACUCCCUCCAACCUGGCCAAGCUACAACCUGAGAUCUUCGAAGUUGCGGGGCAAAUGAUUAACGUCCUCAAUUCGCAACCCACACAAACGCCGGUCGAUGUCCUCUCCCUCUUCAAACACUUCUCGCUCGACGUCAUCGUUGCCUCGUCUUACGGUUUCCGUCUCGGUUCAGUUGGAAGAUGGGCCGUCGAAGCCGAGGAGGCACUGACAGUGGCCAUCGGGGACUUUCCCAAGCGAGGUGUCCUGCGAAGCACUGUGCCGAACUGGGCCUGGAACCUGGUGUGCAAGAUCCCUAACGCGCGGUUCCGCAUGCUCUGUGAAUCGGACAAGAUCAUGGCGGAGUUUGUCUCGCGACGCGUGUAUGAGAUGCGGGCGCAGCUCAAGCCUGCGGUGUUGAUUCCCGGGCCGACGAUAAUUGCCCCGACACCCAGUUCAUUCUCGUCAUCUCCUUUCCUCUCUGCGCUCCAGAGCUUCGGUAGCCGAUGCUCAUCCCGAUCUUCGUCGCCGUCUCCCUCGUGUUCUUCUGAUUCGGACAGCUCGUUCACCGAGGAUACGGAAAAGUCGUAUAUGCUUCCUCGACUACUGUCAUACAAGUACCCCAGUGGGGCUUUGAUGCCGGAGUUGGACGUCAUCAGCGAAUGCAUGGGCCACAUGGUGGCAGGCACCGACACUGCCUCGAUCUCGCUUUCCUACUUCCUUUGGGAGCUUACGCGCCGACAAGACAUACUUCACAAGCUCCACGCAGAGAUUGACAGCGUCAUGCCUGACCCCAGCGUCGUGCCCGACCUCAAGGUGCUCAACGGGAUGGAGUACCUCAAUGCCUUCAUCAAAGAAGGUCUUCGAGUCUAUGGUGCGGUCCCGUCCCUGCUGGAGCGCGUUGUUCCGUCGUCAACAUCGAAGCACUUCCUCGGGCCGGAAGGCUUUGACCUCAUGGGCUAUGCUCUCCCUCCAGGCACGAUUGUUGCAACUCAAGCCUGGUCGAUGCAUCGUGACUCCGCGGUAUUCCCGUCUCCGGAGACUUUCCUUCCCGAACGCUGGCUGCCGCGCCGUGACGCUGACGCUGACCGCGAUGCCGAGCGCCUGGCGAGGAUGUCAGCACAGAUGAUGGCCUUUGGUACGGGCUCGCGCAUCUGUGGCGGGCAGAACCUGGCGUACAUCAUCAUGCGCGUCGUGCUGGUCACCGUAUUGCGCAAUUUCGAUGUGGAGGCUGCUCCAGGAACGGACGAGAAGACGAUGGAUAUGAGAGAUAGUUUCGUGAUGUUUCCGGCUGCUAUGGAGUGCAAGCUUCAAUUCCAUCCGCGCAACCCCGCUUGAAUUCCGUGCGCCACCCGCUAUCAACACGCUCUCCACACACAUACCUCUUCACUUGUCCACCAUGCUAUCCUGCUCUCGCUGUGCUUUCGAACCUGUUGUACCCCUGUAUCGCUUUUUCAUGCUUUCUGUUGUAUCGUUGUCGACAUGUUACAUAUCACCCUCCCCCCUGCGUGCGAUCCUAGCCUCUUGUUAUCUGAUAGCUACCCUUCCAUCCUUAUAUACAGACCUGAGACAUCGGUCAUCCCGCUUUUCUGACACAGUAGCAAACCUGCAUCAUGGCCAUUUCCUAUUCCACACCGAAAUACGGGCACGUUGUGUUAUCUUACAGUCGAGAAACCUGUAAGUAUCUGAGGAUUGAAGUUCUCUAAUCCACCAUGUAGGUUGCGCGUGUGAAACAAAUCAAUAUGUUGCGUGUUG